GAUCUGAAUACUAAUCUAAUACUAAUACCAUUAUUAUUUGUCAGGGCAGCAGACAGCUGAGAAGAGGACAACAACAACAACAACCACACAGAGCUGUCAUGCAUGCGGACAGAGGUGUACAUGCAGUGCUUGUAAACAUCCUGUCAGUAAACCUGCCUAUUAUGUCCAGGAUCAUGUUCAGCACACCAGCAGCUGGUCCAUCUCCAUCUCCAUCAUUCCCCACCCCCCUGGAUGUAUGUUGACUACAUCAGUAUGGUUAUUAAUGUCUCUCACACCCCCUUGUUGUCAGAGCAGGUUAAACAAAUCUCCUAAACACUGCAUGCAGGCUGGUGGUGUCUGCCCCGUCCCGAAGAGAGCAGCAGCAGCUCUGUGUUUGCCUUUUGGUUGGUGACAGCACAGGAACAUGUGGUCCUGCAGCGGCCAAUGCCGAGCCCAGAGCAGGCGAUCAGCACUCAGACUAGCAGCAGUGCUGGCACCGGAGAGGAGCUCCCUGCAGGAAGAAACCCCCUCUAAAAGAGACAGAGACACAGAGAGAGAGAGAGAGGGUUUUCGUUACAGAGCAGAGGAGGAUGAGGAUGCAGAGAAAAGGGGAUGUUGCAGAGGAGGCUGCACGGAGGCAAAAACAAACAGGAGGGCAGUCUGUGUGAUCCAGGUCUCAAGAUGUAGGAGCCGCAUCAGAAGAGCCCUCAGUCAGAGUGUGUGUGUGUGAACGCACCAUAACAUCAGGGGACUUGUGUUUCAAGGAUAGUGAAGGUGGAGAGGCGCAACCUGAGAAGUCCUACCCUCCACCUUCACAGAGGAUGACAAAUUAGUCCUUAUUCAGCAAAGGAGCGAGAGCAUCACCUCGAGGAUCAGAUGUUGUCCACAGCUCAGCAGAUGCUGCAGGAUAGCCGCUCCAAGAUCGAGCUGAUCCGACUGCAGAUUAUCAAAGUCACCCAGGCUGGCAGCAGCAGCAGUGGCGUUGGCGGUGUUGGCGUUGGCGGCGUUGGCGGGGAUGGUGGCGGAAACCCCAACAGCUCCACUCAUGGAGAGAUCUCUCCGGUCUCCGUCAGUGCUGUGGAUGCUCGUCUGGCAGAGCUGCAGCACUACAUGCAGAGAGAGACAGAUGUGUUGGUGUUGGCCAAAGAUGUGGUGAAGCAGCUGGAGGGGAUCUCAUCGCUGGACCAGAAGGCACUGACUGAGGCUCAGUCCCGGGUGCAGGAGUCCUCCCAGAAGCUGGAUCUUCUGCGGCUGUCUCUGGAGAAAUGCAUGAAGGAGACGAACCAGGAGCCUCUACAGGAGCCUCCAGCAGCGGGGGUCGACCCUUCAGAGGGACCCCCGUCUCCCCAAGACUCCAGACCUGGACGUCCCCUGUCCACCUCGCCGUCCAUCUUCUCUAUCAGACCGGCCUCCUUGACCGGUAAACUUGAAGUCAGACUUCUUGGAUGUGAGGAUUUACUGAAACCUCGGACGAACCCAGAAAACCAACUGAGUCCCACUGAGGACAGUUCAGGUGCUCACAGGACGGACGGACACUCUGUGGAGAUCAGCGCGGUGCUCAGACUGGACACCAGAGUGGUCGGCCAGACGCGCUGGGCGGCCGUCAGCAGGCUGAACUGGGAUCAGACGUUCUGCAUCCAGCUGGAGCGGUCUCGAGAGCUGGAGGUCGCUGUCUUCUGGCGGGACCAGAGGGCGAUGUGUGCAGUGAAGUUCCUGCGCCUGGAGGAGAUGAUGGACAACCAGAACCACAACCAGGAGCUAAAUCUGGAGCCGCAGGGCCUCCUCUACGCCAAGCUUCAAUUCAUCGACGCUGUUGUUGAGCGACAGCCGAAACUGAGACGUCAGAGAUGUAUCUUCACUAAAGAGAGAGGGAAGAACUUCCUCAGAGCGGCCCAGAUGAACAUGAAUUUUGCCACAUGGGGUCACCUGAUGAUGAACAUCCUCCCUCGCUACAGCUCCUUCACCACAUUCAGCUCGUCCCUCUCCAUGAGCCCCGACCUGCUGGCCAACAUCAUGUCACGUCCACCUGAGAAGGAGCCUCAAACCACCACGCCACUGCCAAGCGAAGCUCCAGAAAUCAGACUCAGCAUUACUGAGGAUCGGCCGUCUCCCACCAGCCUCGACCAGACAGACAACGACGCUCCCUCCAUCAUCACCACCGCAGAACACAAAACAUCAUCUCUGUCUGCAUCGCAAGAAAAACUGUCGUCCAUAAACAACACAGAAGGAAGUGAAGACCAGCCUGUAUCUGCUCUAAAGAUGCAGAUGGAAGAUUUUAAAUACAUUUCCGUUCUGGGUAGAGGACACUUUGGGAAGGUUCUGCUGGCAGAGUUUAAGAAGACAGAAAAGCUGUACGCCAUCAAAGCCUUGAAGAAGAGAGACAUUGUGACUCGGGAUGAAGUGGACAGCCUUAUGAGCGAGAAGAGGAUCUUUGAGAUGAUCAACGCGUCCAGACAUCCGUUCCUGGUGAACCUCCACGGCUGCUUCCAGACCAGCGACCACGUCUGCUUCGUCAUGGAGUAUCUACCUGGCGGCGACCUCAUGAUCCACAUCCACAACGACGUGUUCACCGAGGCCCAGACCAGGUUUUAUUCAGCAUGUGUCCUGCUGGGUUUAGAGUUCCUGCAUCUGAAUAAAAUCAUCUAUCGAGAUCUGAAGCUGGACAACCUGUUGAUGGACGCAGAUGGAUAUGUGAAAAUCACAGACUUUGGACUUUGUAAAGAAGGGAUGGGUCACGGAGAUCGGACCUCGACUUUCUGUGGGACUCCUGAGUUUCUGGCCCCUGAGGUCCUGACAGACGACAACUACACCCGGGCGGUGGACUGGUGGGGGAUGGGCGUCCUCAUCUUCGAGAUGCUCGUGGGAGAGUCUCCGUUCCCCGGUGAGGAUGAGGAGGAGGUAUUUGACAGCAUCGUGAAUGAUGAUGUGCAGUAUCCAUCGUGUCUUCCUCCUAAUGCCGUCUGCAUCGUCCAGAAGCUGCUGAAGAAGAAUCCUCUGAAAAGACUCGGAGCCGGAGAGAGAGACGCAAACGAGCUCAAAGGAGAGAAAUUCUUCGAGACCAUCGACUGGGAAGCCCUGCUGGCCAAGAAAGCAAAGCCUCCGUUCCUGCCGUCGAUCAAAGAGUCGAUGGACGUCGGCAACUUCGACAGCGAGUUCACCCGACUGCAGCCGAUCCUGUCGCCUCCCUCCAAACCCUUCGUCCUCUCCGCCGAGCAGCAGGAAGCCUUCGCAGACUUCGACUUCUGCGCCCUGCACGGAUGAAAGACGAGCUGAAAGGACCAGGGUGGGAAUACGUUAUCACAUUUCAGAGGACCAACUAAUUAUGGAUUUUUGGAUUAAAAACAUUAAAGGUUCAGCUGCUUAGCAGUAGGACUUGAAAUAACAGUAGUAAAAGCAGUAAAAGUGAUUAAAGGAAGUCUCCCACCCUGGUCUUCAUAACACCACCAAAGGAUAUUUCUGCAGCUAUCAGUCAUCUUCAAACAAGACUCUAUACGUAUACGAUCCCAUGGCUGAUUCCGCUGACUGUUCUCACCUCCAUCCAACGACAGCCGAUCGUCGAUCGUCGAUCAAAUAAACCAGGCAGCAUCUCUUUUGUUUUUGUUUUUAAACAGAGCAAAAGAAAGUGAUUAUAACCCUUUAUUAUUCUCCGUGGAGAGUCGAGCUUCGUUGUGACUGUUCCAGCAGUAAUACAACUCACCUGCUCCUGCUAUUAUAUAGAGUUUAUUUAUGAGAUCUGGUCAGGUGAAAUGUUGUACAAACAGAUGCUUGAAGAGUUUAUAACAUUAUCACUUAUUCCUCUUUAUAGUUUAAUAUCAAUACUCCAACACUGGAUGAUUUGCCAUGUACUGGUCAAACUACAAAAUAGUACAAAGAGAAUCCUGAAUUGCAGUAGCCUCGCAGUACAUUUUGUAUUGUUAAGACUGUCAAGGGAGAUGUUGAGUCAAUUUAUUGUUGUGAUUUUUGAGGUUGAACUUUAAGAAACAUCCUGGCUUUCAGUCAGUAUUGAUGUUC